GGGCGGCCGGAGCCGCACUGCGCAGGCGCCGCUCUCGGCACCAUGGCGGCCGCCUUGCUGCUGCUUCGCGGGCUCCGCCACGGCCGGGAGCCCCGGCCCCGACGGCUGUGGGGCCUGCUCUCGGGCAGUGGCCCAGGCCUCUGGUCCGGGGCUGGGGCCAGGCGGCCGUAUGCGGCCCGCGGGACUCCGGUUGGCCCGGCUGCGGCUGGAGGCCACGCGCCUCAGAGUUUGCUAUUGCGAAUACUGACCCCUAGCUUUGAAGGUAUUAGCGGAUUGUUACUGAAACAGCAUAUAGUUCCAAAUGCAGUCAGACUGUGGCCGCUUUCAGGUAGCACUUUGUAUUUUAAUACCUCAAGGAUGAAGCAGAAGAAUAAAGACAAUGAUAAACCCAAAGGCAAGACCCCUGAAGAUGACGAAGGUAUGCAUGCCUCCUGCUCCAGUGCGCCUGUGCUGACCUGUCACCCUCUCUCUGCCCACUCUCCUUUUGGCCCUCAGCGGCUGGCCCUGAUGUAUCGGAUGCAGGUUGCAAACAUCGACAAAUUUGAAGAGAAGCUUCGAGCAGCCGAAGAUGAACUGAACAUUGAGAGCAAGGACAGGAUUCCCGUGUCCUACAAGCGGACAGGAUUCUUUGGGAAUGCCCUCUACGCCCUGGGGAUGACAGCCGUGGGCUUGGCCAUCCUGUGGUAUGUUUUCAGACUGGCGGGGAUGACCGGAAGGGAAGGCGGAUUCAGUGCUUUUAAUCAGCUUAAGAUGGCACGUUUCACCAUUGUGGACGGGAAGACAGGGAAAGGAGUCAGCUUCCAAGAUGUAGCAGGAAUGCAUGAAGCCAAGCUGGAAGUCCGAGAAUUUGUGGACUAUCUGAAGAGCCCAGAGCGUUUCCUUCAGCUCGGUGCCAAGGUUCCAAAGGGUGCCCUGUUGCUGGGGCCCCCUGGCUGUGGGAAGACGCUGUUGGCCAAGGCAGUAGCCACGGAGGCUCAGGUGCCCUUUUUAGCAAUGGCUGGCCCAGAAUUUGUGGAGGUGAUUGGAGGCCUGGGAGCUGCCCGAGUGCGAAGCCUCUUCAAGGAGGCGCGAGCCAGGGCCCCUUGCAUAGUGUACAUUGAUGAGAUCGAUGCUGUGGGAAAGAAGCGCUCCACCUCCAUGUCUGGGUUCUCCAACACGGAAGAGGAGCAGACCCUCAACCAGCUCCUGGUUGAGAUGGACGGAAUGGGCACCACAGACCAUGUCAUCGUCUUGGCAUCCACCAAUCGAGCUGACGUUCUGGACAAUGCUCUGAUGAGGCCUGGGCGGCUCGACAGGCAUGUCUUCAUUGAUCUUCCCACGCUCCAGGAGAGGCGGGAGAUUUUCGAGCAGCACCUGAAAGGCCUGAAGUUGACUCAGCCCAGCAGUUUUUACUCCCAGCGGCUGGCAGAGCUGACACCUGGAUUCAGUGGCGCCGACAUCGCCAACAUCUGCAACGAGGCCGCGCUGCACGCUGCACGCGAGGGGCACACGGCCGUGCACACAUUCAACUUUGAGUAUGCUGUGGAGCGCGUCAUUGCUGGCGCUGCUAAGAAGAGUAAUGUCCUCUCCAAGGAGGAGCAGAGAGUGGUCGCCUUCCAUGAGUCUGGCCAUGCCUUGGUUGGUUGGCUGCUGGAGCACACAGAGGCUGUGAUGAAGGUCUCCAUCGCACCUCGGACAAACGCUGCUUUGGGCUUCUCUCAGAUGCUCCCUCGGGACCAGUACCUCUUCACCAAGGAGCAGCUGUUUGAGCGCAUGUGCAUGGCCCUAGGCGGCCGUGCAGCUGAAGCCAUCUCAUUCAGCAGGGUCACCUCUGGGGCCCAGGAUGAUUUGAGGAAGGUUACCCGCAUUGCCUACUCCAUGGUGAAACAGUUCGGGAUGGCUCCCAGCAUUGGGCCUGUAUCCUUCCCCGAGGCACAAGAGGGCCUCGUGGGCAUUGGACGUCGUCCCUUCAGCCAGGGCCUCCAGCAGAUGAUGGACCAUGAAGCAAAGCUGCUGGUGGCCAAAGCCUACAGACACACCGAGAAGGUGCUGCUAGACAACCUGGACAAGCUGCAGGCGCUGGCGAAUGCCCUUCUGGAAAAGGAAGUGAUAAACUAUGAGGACAUUGAGGCGCUCAUUGGCCCGCCGCCCCAUGGGCCAAAGAAAAUGAUUGCACCACAGAAAUGGAUUGAUGCUGAAAAGGAGAGACAGGCCUCAGGGGAGGAGGAGGCUCCGGCUCCCUAGCCCCCCUCCAAGACCCAGAGAAUGGCUUUCCUCCGCGCACCUGCGGUUAUCACAGAACUCGCUCCUCAGUAGCUGCCAUCUGCCUCUGAGAUUCUCUUCACCUGAACUUGAACCUCAGCCUGUCAGCGCUCUGGUUUCUGAUGAAGACUUCUGAUACCUAUUUAUUGAUUUAUGAUUAGUAAAUUGUUUGCAGAGAAUCUGAA